AUGAGGGUCAUUGAAGUAAUUAUUGACGGCUUCAAGUCGUACGCUGUGCGUACAGUAAUCUCAGGAUGGGACGAGAGUUUCAACUCCAUCACCGGUCUCAACGGUAGUGGAAAGUCAAAUAUUCUCGAUGCGAUAUGCUUUGUUCUCGGAAUUACAAACAUGUCGACUGUUCGAGCGCAGAACCUACAGGAUCUGAUUUACAAGCGCGGACAAGCCGGUGUUACGAAAGCCAGCGUCACGAUCGUUUUCGACAACCGAGAAACCAAGAAGUCGCCGAUCGGAUUCGAAGAAUAUGCCACCAUUAGCGUCACCCGACAAAUCGUUCUUGGAGGAACUUCCAAGUACCUCAUCAACGGCCACCGUGCUCAACAACAAACCGUACAGAACCUGUUCCAGUCGGUUCAGCUCAAUAUCAACAGCCCCAACUUCCUCAUCAUGCAAGGUCGCAUCACCAAAGUCCUGAACAUGAAGGCUGUGGAAAUUCUAGCAAUGAUAGAGGAAGCUGCAGGAACAAGAAUGUUCGAAGACCGUCGAGAUAAGGCGUUGAAGACGAUGGCCAAGAAAGAGACAAAGCUAGUUGAGCUUCGAGAACUACUUAAAGACGAGAUUGAACCCAAGUUGGAGAAACUGCGAACUGAAAAGCGUGCUUUUCUGGACUUUCAACAAACUCAAAACGAUCUUGAGAGACUCACCAGAGUGGUUGUCGCAUACGAUUAUCUCAGGUAUCAAGAUUCUCUGAGUCAAUCUGCUGCAGAUCUCGAAGGAAAGAAGCAAAGGCAACGGGAUCUGGAGGAUUCGGCAGCUCGUUUACGGAGCGAAAUUUCUCAUCUCGAAGAAGACGUCAAGAAAGUGAAGGCUCAGCGCGAUAAGGAGCUCCGGAAAGGAGGCAAAGCUUCAGCACUCGAAGAUGCUGCGAAGAAGCACUCGAAUGAACUCGUGCGACUGGCUACUAUUCUUGACUUGAAGAAGUCUAGCCUGGCAGAAGAAGAGGAGAAGAGGGUGACUGUUGAGAAGACUGUGUCAGAGUUGGAGACCACCCUUCAAGAGAAAACUGCUGGGUUCGAAAACGCAAAAGCCAGAUACGAUGCCGCAAAAGAAGAACUAGAGCAGCAGAACAAGGACGCCGAGUCUAAGGAGGAGCUUCUUCAGACCCUGCAAACAGGUGUAGCCUCCAAAGAUGGCCAGGAGAAUGGUUACCAGGGGCAGCUUCAGGAUGCAAAGAACCGUGCAACCGCAGCUGCCACGGAGCAAGAACAAGCCAAGAUCAAGAUUGCACAUUUAGAAAAGCGUGUCAAGGAAGAGGAACCGCGUGCUAAAAAGGCAAAGGAUCAGAAUGCUGAUCUUUUGCGCGAUCUUGAUGGUCUCAAAAUACAAGCGCAAAAGCUCGAGAAAGAGCUUGGCCACCUGGGGUUUGAGCCUGGUCAAGAAGAGCAGAUGUACAAAAAGGAGUCGGAGCUGCAACAAACGGUUCGAAACUUGAGGCAAGAAUCCGACAAGCUGAAGCGCCAAGUCGCCAAUACUGAGUUUAACUAUGCGGACCCUGUGCCCAAUUUUGACCGAUCCAAGGUCAAGGGACUUGUCGCGCAGUUGUUCACGCUGGAUAAGGAGCAUACGCAAGCCGGUACUGCGCUGGAGAUCUGUGCUGGAGGUCGUCUAUACAACGUCGUUGUCGACACAGAAGUGACAGGUACACAUCUACUUCAAAGAGGCAAAUUACGGAAGCGAGUCACCAUUAUCCCACUUAACAAAAUUGCUGCCUUCAAGGCCUCGGCUCAGACCAUUGCUACGGCCCAGAACAUCGCACCAGGCAAGGUCGAUCUAGCUCUCUCUCUAGUUGGCUACGAUAAUGAGGUGUCUGCAGCUAUGGAGUACGUCUUUGGCAACACUCUGAUCUGUGCAGAUGCGGAUACUGCUAAGAGGGUCACAUUUGACCCCAACGUUCGUAUGAGGAGCAUUACUCUCGAAGGCGACGCAUAUGAUCCAUCUGGUACACUAUCUGGUGGAAGCUCACCAAAUUCCAGUGGUGUUCUCGUACUUCUCCAGAAGCUCAACGGCCUUACGCGACAGCUGAGUGAAGCCGAAAGAGCCCUACAGGAACUUCAAGCCCGUAUAUCGAAGGAGAAGACCAAGCUAGACCAGGCUCGUAGACUCAAGCAAGAUCUAGAUCUGAAGAGCCACGAGAUCAAGCUUGCCGAGGAACAGAUCGGUGGCAACUCGUCGUCGUCCAUUAUUCAAGAGGUUGCGAACAUGAAGACAGCCAUCAAGGAGCUCAAGGAGAGCAUAUCUGAAGCCAAAACGCGGCAAGCUAAAGCAAGCGCUGAUGUCAAGACCAUUGAGAAGGAUAUGAAUGACUUUGACAACAACAAGGACGCCAAGCUCGUCGAAUUGCAGAAGGCACUCGACAAGCUAAGAGCCGGGCUUGGCAAAAACACCGCUGCAGUCAAGACACUACAAAAAGAGCUUCAGGGCGCACAACUUGAUGCCGAGCAGGCAGGUUUCGAUUUAUCUGCCGCUCGAGAACAGUUGCAGGAAGUCGAGGUUGCCAUCAAGGCACAACAAAAGGAUAUUGAGGACCUUGAAAAGCAAAAGGCUGAGCUGACUGAGACGCACGACACUGUGCAGGCUGAGCUCGACGAUGAACGCGCCAAGUUGCAUCUUUUCGACGAUGAGCUUCGAGCCUUGGAGGAUGCCACUCGCUCCAAGAACUCACGCAUUGCCGAGGAAAGCCUUGAGAUGCAAAAGCUUGGCCACCUUGUUGAGAAAUUCCACAAGGAACAACAAGGUGCUGCUGAAAAGGUUGCUCGACUUGAGAAGGAAUUUGACUGGAUCUCGGACGAAAAGGACAAUUUUGGUCGUAGCGGGACUCCCUACGAUUUCAAGAACCACAACAUCGGAGAGUGCAAGUCGACAUUGCACAAUUUGACCGAGCGAUUCCAGGGAAUGAAGAAGAAGAUCAACCCCAAGGUGAUGAACAUGAUCGACAGUGUCGAGAAGAAGGAAGUGACACUCAAGCAAAUGAUCAAGACCGUUAUUAGAGAUAAGCGCAAGAUCGAAGAGACAAUCGUCAGCUUGGACGACUACAAGAAGAAGGCUCUUCGAAAGACGUGGGAGAAGGUCAAUCUUGACUUUGGUAACAUCUUUGCCGAGUUACUUCCAGGAGGCAGCUUUGCAAAGCUUGAUCCACCUGAAGGCAAGACUAUUAGCGAUGGUCUUGAGGUCAAGGUUUGUCUAGGCAAGGUGUGGAAGCAGAGUUUGACAGAACUGAGUGGUGGACAAAGGUCUCUGGUUGCCCUGUCUCUCAUCAUGGCUCUACUGCAGUUCAAGCCUGCCCCCAUGUACAUUCUUGACGAGGUCGAUGCGGCGCUGGAUCUCUCACAUACCCAGAAUAUUGGUCGUCUCAUCAAGACGCGUUUCAAGGGCUCGCAGUUCAUCGUCGUCAGUCUAAAGGACGGCAUGUUCCAAAACGCGAAUCGCAUCUUCCGCACUCGUUUCAGCGAAGGUACCAGUAUGGUGCAGGCCCUGACGCCGGCGGAUAUGAAGUAA